AUGGCUUGGGUGACAAAGAGCGAAAGGUUCAAUUGGUCUGAAGAAGAUCCGACACGCGCUGCUUCACCCAGCCCAGGGCAGUAUGCCUUGCCAACUUCUUUCAAGGAGGAGGCCAAGACAAAGCCGUGCUAUGCUCCGUUCAAUUCUUCCUGUGGAGAAGUGCAGGGUGGGAUCUCGGGGAAGAAAGACAAUGCGUUAGGCCUUGACCCAGCGCGCUACAGCCCCAAAGUACCAGGAGCUUAUGACCACGGCUUGCCCAAGAAGCACAUACCUUUCACGACUGGAGCCUCAAGGUGGACGGAUCUCAAUCAGGACUUCAGACCUGGUCCUGGCGACUAUGCCUGCGCGAGGCAAACGUUGGCAGGUUCGCUUUCAGUGGCUUCGAGCAAGACCAUGGGAGUGGCGCCCGCCGAGCAGCGCAUGCUCUUCAAAUCGACAAGUGCGCCUUCAAUUCCUCGCGACAGCCAAUGCUAUGGCUAUGAUGAGGCGGGUGAUGGCCGCCUGAUCCGCCAAAACCGGAAGGAUGGCAUACAGCAGCUUUCAGGGAAGCCUGGAGACAGCGCUGGGCCUGGCCAGUAUGACUCGCACAAGUGUCGAGUCAUGGCCAACGGUGCUUUGGGUGGUCGGAUUAUGCCGCCCUCUGCAGAGCCGGUGACCAAGCCCUCGGAGACACCGGGCCCUGGGCAUUAUGUCACCAAGGGCAUCGCUCAGAGUGAGAAGCCCGUCUACUCGGCCUUUGCCUCCCAGUCAGAACGUGGGCCGUCAAAGCAUGAGCACAAGGCUGCAGCUGAGAUGCCCGGACCUGGCCAAUAUAUUCCCAGGAUCAACCGACGGCCCAACAUGCGGGAGUUGCAUCCGGAGCUUCAAUACUUCGGCAGCACCGCGGAGCGCUUCAAGGAGGAUGAGGCGGCCGUGAUUGCCAGCCAGCUGCCUGGGCCUGGGCAGUACGGCGUUCCACGACACCAGAACAAGGGCAAAAGCUUUGCGUGGCUCAAAGGGAAGCGCUUUCAGGAGCCCAAACAGAAAGACAUACGGCCUGGGCCUGGCGCCUACUACAAUGCCAAAACCUUUGGCCGCAAUGGUUCGGUGUCCAUCUUGGGCGGCAGUGGGACCUUAGCCUUCGGCAGCAUGGAGGCAAGACGCGGUGUCAGCGAUCCCCGAAAGGGCCAGGAGCCUGGCCCUGGUGCUUACUACGAAGGGGUCGAGGUACGAGAGUGUAGGAGGGGAUCCAAAGAAGCACAGAAGCCGCGCAAAGUCGUCCCCCCCAGCUCGUUCUUCCGGUCCACCGUUCCGAAGGAUGUCAUGGUGGCUCAGUACCAGAAGGAUGGCCAGAUUGGGCCACCCCCGGGAGCGUACAGCCCAAGAGCUGCAAAGGACCUGGGGACCAUCCAGCGCUUGGCACCAAAGAAUGAAGGCUUUGGUUCUGCCUCUCAGCGUCUCCAGGGUGAGGUGGUGACCAGCUGUGGGCCUGGUCCCGGCUGGUACAAAGUAAAGGACGUCACUGGUGGCAAGAUCCAGGGAACCUUCAAUCGCCAUGCUGUGGAGGCUGCUCCAGCAUGUGGUAUGCCGAGGGGCUUGGGCUUCGAGUCGCAAGCCAAGCGAUUUGGCCUUGGAGAUCCGAAAGGGGAGGUCUUGCCCGGCCCGGGCUCCUACAACACACGGAAAGACUCCGACUGGAUCACCCUGCCAGCAGAGCUGUUCUCACGGCUUUUCAUCAAAGGCACGAAUCCAGAUGAAUCCACCUUCCAGGUGUCGGGCACUAUGCGGCAGACUGGGCAGCCGGUGGUCGGCAUUUCAGGUGCACGUGACGGCGCUGGAGUUCGACCCUUCUCGCGCGCCCGGGCUCGAUCGCCGGGCGCCACCGCGGGGGCACCUGGUGGUGGACCUUCACAGAAUACGGCCUAUGGCUUUCAGAGCGCAGCGCAGAACCGAUCCUCUUUGGGAGGUAGUGGGACGUGGGGUGCCCCGGGCCGUGGGAUGGAGAGCAUCGCAUUGUUUUUAGAGCUUUUAGGUUUUGCUUGA